AUGGAUGAAGGACGUCACCAUGUCAGCCAGAAGGAACUUGGUUUUAGAAAACCCGAGAUCUUCAAUGGUUCAGACCGUUCGAAGCUUAGGGAAUUUAUAAACCAAUGCAAGAAUUACAUGGCCGGAAAUAGCCAUGUCUACCAGGAGGACAAUCAGAAGAUCACAUUCGUGCUAUCGCACAUGCAAGGAGGAACAGCAGGAUCAUGGGCACAGAGCUUCAUAGAAACGGAACUCACCAAUGACGACUUCCUUUCUUAUGGGAGUUGGAGAGACUUCAUUGCGAGUGUGAACAAAGCAUUUGGCGAUGAAAAUAUUGAAGAAACCGCUCGUACCUUGCUGCAUAACAUCAAGCAAGGAACUCGUACUGCAGACGACUACAUUGCCGAAUUCCGAUCGAUUGAAUCCAAGGCGAAAUUAGAAGAUGCCGGAAAUAUCGAGUAUUUCAAGUGGGGACUUAACGACCCACUCCGACAAAGGAUAUAUGGGAUGGAAAGCAUGCCCAAGACACUUGACAAGUGGUAUGAAUACGCCUCGUGGUUUGAUAACCAAUGGAGAUCUGCUCAGAUCUUCAAGCGAGGAGCUACUACGACAACGCGAGGAAAGGGCCGAUCUGUCCAUUGUCCCUACUACUUGGCUUCUGCAAAGGAUCCAAAUGCAAUGGAUGUUGAUCGUGUCAAUAUCUCGCGCUUAUCCCCGGACGAGCGACAGAAGCGAAUGAAAGAAGGAUUAUGUUUCCUAUGCGGAAAGAAGGGCCAUAUAGCCAACGACAGACAAUUUCACCCCCAGUCUGGAAGUUUCACCCGUGCUAGAACGAUACAGCCCGGGUUGGACACAGACACGAUCACAUGGAUCAAAAAGAUGCGAGAAGACCUCGCACAAAAGAAGGAGACAUCGAAGGAAGAAACCAGAGAGGAACAGAUCGCCUAUAUGCGAAACGUCUUCAAUGACAUGACUGAUGAAGAACGAACCCAAUUGGGUUUUUGA